AUGAAAAGACAUGUUGCUCCUUUAGAUCCCAAUCUAGUCAGGUUGGAGCAAUUAGCGGGUGAAGCAUCAAUUGAACCCUAUAUGAAUGAAAUUUUACAAUAUUUGCAAACGCUGGAAGGUUCUUCCGAUUCGGCCUUGAACCCAGUGAUGAUCGAUAACCAGCCCGAGAUCACCUGGAGUAUGAGACCUUAUAUCAUCGAUUUUUUAGUGGAAAUGCAUCUUUUUUUCAGGCUGUCACAGGAAACACUGCAUCUGGCAUGCUAUAUCGCUGACAAGUAUUGUACAAAGAGAAUCGUUUACAAGAGACAUUACCAGUUAUUGGUCGCUGCUUCGUUGUGGAUUGCUGCCAAAUUUCAUAGUAAGAAGACGAGGAUUCCGACUUUGAAGGAAUUGUGUCUGUUAUGUCACCAGAAUUACGAUCCUCAGAUGAUUUUACAGAUGGAGAGACAUAUCCUCGUCACUUUAAAUUGGUCUAUUGGUAACUCGGUCUCUGCUUAUGAUAUUGUUCAAUGCAUUGUCUCUACGUCUGCUUCCAACACGGUUCCGCAGGUUCCGGAACUAGUUGGGUUGGCUAACUUCUUGUGCGAUUUGUCACUAUAUCAAAGGAAUUUCAUGUCUCAUUCAUCACCCACAAAAGCUAUAACUGCACUAUUACUUGCCUCUCGCAUACUGAAUUUAAACAAUUUCCCAAAUUUUUUAAGCCAACAGGUGGCUUACUGUUCGGAUAUUGACGAUCUUAGUUUCCAUAUCGCUGGCGAUAAGAUUACUGAAGAUGUGUCCUUAACUUUAUGCAAGCAAAAUGUUGAUGAUAUAAGAGAUUGUCUGCAUCUUUUUAUGAAAGAAAUCUUCAAGGUUCCAAAUGAGAAAAGUAAAGAAGCUAUAUCUGCCACUUUGAUUAGAAAAUAUAAACAUUUGCCCAUUGAGACAUGGUUGGCUACAUACAAGAGUGAAAAUUCUCAAGCAUAUGCUCAACUCUCUUCAUUGAAUGAUUCCUUACAUUUCACAAGAAUGAAUCCUUACUCAACAUCAACCAACUCGUAUCUAAAAGAUUCCAUUGCAUCACGUCUUGACGAGUUUGCUGGCUUUAAGAACGUCUUCAAAAACAGUGUAGAAUUUGAAUUAUUCCCUGAGAUGAACGGUUCUUUCAGCGAAUUGCCGUUCACUCCACUUUCAUCUUUUUCAUCAAUAGAUGUCGAUUCUCCCAUGCGUUGGGAGGUUUCCACUCCAGUCUCUUCCAGAUCGUCUUCAACACUUCUCACACCACAUGUCCGUAAGGCGAGCCUGACUCCCGGUAGCUCAAAGCUGCAAGCAACUUGCCCAGCGACACCAAGUUCUACGGGCUCAAUCUUCAGCUCACGUCCACGGCUGUCUGCGAGCAGCAGCGCUAGUAGUUUUUCUCUGGCCUCAUCGUCAUCGAUGGCAAACGCAAAGUUUCAUAAAUGGCAUCUCGUCGCAGUUCUCGUGGUUCAAUUCUGA